AUGUCUCGCCGCAAGCAAGGCAAACCCCAGCACUUGAGCAAACGGGAGUUUUCGCCUGAGCCACUGUCAGGUGUUUUACCAGAAGAAGACUCUCAGGACUCCCCCAGGCUGGGAGUGGCUCAGGGUGAGCCCCUAAAAGGGGACCAGGACCUGCUGACCUGCGGCCAAUGCCACUCCCGCUUUCCCUUGGCUGAUAUCCUGCUGUUCAUUGAACACAAACGGAGGCAGUGCCACGGGAGCCUCUGUAUGGACAAACCUCUGGACAGGCCACCGUCCUCCCCGCUCGCCUCGCCCCUCUCCACGUCCUCCUCGCACUCGCGGACCCACCUCCAGCAUCCGCGGAGGGUGUGUCACCCCGUAGAGGUGGCUGUUCAGGUGUCGCCGCGGGAUGAGGAUUGUUUAUCUGCACCCUUGCAAGGAAUAAUCCCCAAGCAGGAGAAUAUCACAGAUAAAGAUGAGCCCAGCAGUUACACCUGUACGACGUGCAAGCAGCCCUUCACCAGUGCCUGGUUCCUGCUCCAGCAUGCCCAGAACACGCACGGCUUCCGCAUCUAUCUGGAGAGUGAGCCCGGCAGCCCCCUCACCCCCCGCGUGGCUACUGCUCCUGGGAUGGGGGGUGACUGUGCCUCCUCUCAGCCUCCCAUCCAUGCUGUCCACCUGGCUGAAGGGAGUCCUUACAGCCUGCUGAGGAUGCCAGGCUCUGGGUCUGGCCGGGAUUCAGCGUCCACACCUCGUGAGGGUCGUUAUCCCCAAACCCCACCCCUGUUUAGCCCCCCACCACGCCAUCACCUCAGCCCUGAUGACCUGGCCCUGGCAACCCACCAUCCCAGCGCCUUUGACAGGGUGAUGAGGCUCAACUCAGUGCCACUAGAACCCCCUCCAAGCAUGGACUUCUCCAGACGGCUACGUGAGCUGGCUGGAAACGCCACAGGCGCCUCCCCACCUCUCUCCCCUAACAGGCCCAGCCCUAUGCAACGGCUGCUACAGCCAUUUCAGCCAGGUACUAAGGCUCCAUUUUCAGCAACGCCUCCCCUCUCCACCUCUCAGUCACCUUCUGGCUCACGUUCCACCCCCAAUCCUGUAUCCAAUGCAGCCCAACCAGGCACACCUCUCAAGGCAAAGUCUUGUGAGUUCUGUGGGAAGACCUUCAAGUUCCAGAGCAAUCUAAUCGUUCACCGGCGAAGCCACACGGGGGAAAAGCCAUUCAAGUGUCACCUGUGUAACCAUGCCUGCACACAGGCUAGCAAACUGAAACGACACAUGAAGACGCACUGUCAGAGCAAGUCUUCGGUACUUAAUGCCAAGUCAGAUGACGGUCUCUCAACUGCCAGCUCCCCUGAGCCUGGUACUAGCGAGCGGAUAGGCAGUGCCACGGAUGCUCUUAAGUCAGUAGUGGCCAAGUUCAAGAGUGAGAACAAUGGUUUGAUGCCUGAAAAUGGAGAAGAGGAGGAGGAAGAGGAAGAGGAGGAGGAAGAGGAGGAAGAAGAGGAAGAGGAAGAGGAGGAGGAAGAGGAAGAAGAAGAGGGGGAGGAGGAGGAAAUAGAGGGUAAGCCUGUAAUUGAAGAAGAAGAGGAGAGGAAUGACUAUCGUUUCAGCCUGCGGCUAGAAGGGGCCCGCCACCACCAGAACAGUGAGGCCUUGCACCCACACCGCCGGAGCUCUUCCCGGGAGCCCGGUGAUGAGGACUCUGCCAUGGAGUCAGACAGGGCAGAUGAUGGAACCACAACUACCAUCAAUGGCCUGGGACCUCUAUCCACUGACAGCCUGUCCAGGAAGUUAUUAGGGGGAGGGGUCAGCCCUGGUUCACUCAGUCCGCUGUCCAAGCGCAUCAAGGUGGAGAAGGACCUUGACCCUCCCACGCCCACCAUCCCGAACACAGAGAACGUCUACUCCCAGUGGCUAGCUGGGUACGCUGCCUCGCGACAACUCAAGGACCCUUUCCUCAACUUUACAGGUGGGGACUCCAGACAAUCGCCCUUCGCCUCUUCAUCUGAGCACUCGUCAGAGAAUGGCAGCUUGCGCUUCUCCACUCCACCCGGCGAGCUGGACGGGGAACGUGCUGCUUCAGGACGUAGUGGCACCGGUAGUGGGGCCAGCACUCCCCACGGUGGUAGCGGGAAUGGACGGCCGAGCUCUAAGGAUGGUCGCCGCAGUGACACCUGUGAGUUUUGCGGCAAGGUGUUCAAGAACUGCAGCAACUUGACAGUGCACCGACGCAGUCACACUGGAGAGAGGCCCUACAAGUGUGAGCUGUGCAGCUACGCCUGCGCCCAGAGCUCUAAGCUCACCCGCCACAUGAAGACCCACGGACAGAUGGGCAAGGACGUUUACAAAUGUGAAAUCUGCCACAUGCCUUUCAGUGUAUACAGCACUCUGGAGAAACACAUGAAGAAGUGGCACAGUGACCGCCCUCUGGCUAAUGACAUUAAGACUGAGUAG